AUUCCUAGUGGACACUGGGGCACACAACAUUCGGUUUUAUUACAACCCCAAGGGGAAUUGGCAAACAAAACUUCAUGGGUGGAGGGGGCCACGGGCACCAAACAAUACUCAUGGACUACCCGAAGAACUGUGGAUCUCGGCACGGGCCGGGUGUCCCACUCCUUCACGAUCAUUCCUGAGUGUCCCUACACAUUGUUAGGUCAGGAUUUGCUCACCAAGAUGGGGGCACAAAUUUGCUUCCACCUCGAAGGGGCAAAAGUCCUAAACAAGAAGGGGCACCUGAUUCAGGUGCUUGUCCUGAGUUUAGAAGACGAAUAUCGUCUCCACCAAAUGCCCUCAGCACCAAUGACUGACAUUGACCGUUGGCUGCUGGAAUUUCCCCAAGCGUGGGCAGAAAGGGGAAUCGGGCUGGCCCAGCAUCGACCGGCCAUAUACGUAGAACUAAAGCCAGGGGCAGACCCUGUCAGGGUCCGCCAAUACCCCAUGCCUCUAGUAGCACGAAAGAGAAUCACACCCCACAUACGGCGACUACUGGACUCGGGCAUAUUAAGGCCCUGCCAAUCGGCAUGGAACACUCCCUUGCUGCCGGUUCAGAAACUGCACUCUAACGAUUACAGGCCAGUCCAGGACUUGAGGGAAGUCAACCGGCGAGUAGAAGAUAUGCACCCUACAGUCCCAAACCCAUACACCCUCCUCUCCACCCUGCCUCCAGACAAAACUUGGUAUACAGUAUUAGAUUUAAAAGAUGCCUUUUUCAGCCUGCCUUUAGCACCCAGGAGCCAAGACCUCUUCGCCUUUGAAUGGACGGACCCUAAGAAAGUCAAUGGCCAGCUCUCCUGGACUCAACUACCACAAGGAUUCAAAAAUUCACCGACCACCUUCAAUGAGGCCUUAUAUGAAGACUUGGGUGUUUUCCGUUCCGAGCACCCACAUUUAACUUUAUUACAAUAUGUAGAUGAUAUCCUGUUGGCAGCAGAGGACCAGGACACAUGCCUGCGAGGCACCAGGGACUUGCUCCAGACCGUAGUGGCCCUAGGAUACCAGGCUUCAGCUAAAAAAGCCCAGAUGUGCAGAGCAGAGGUGAGCUACCUUGGGCACAAUUUAAAAGAUGGACAAAGAUGGUUGACAGAUGCACGGAAGGAAACCGUCUUAAGAAUCCCACAGCCGCAAGCCGUCCGCCAGGUGCACGGAAUCAGAACUGAUCUCCAGGACCAGCCACUGCCAAAUGCGGAUGCCACCUGGUACACGGACGGCAGCAGUUUUGUCCAAGAAGGACUCAGAUAUGCGGGGGCAGCCGUAACCACGGAGUCAUCGGCUCAACGGGUAGAACUGAUUGCACUGGCCAAGGUGCUGACCACGGGGGAAGGUAAACGAAUAAUCAUCUACACCGACAGCAGGUGCGCCUUCGCCACCACUCACAUCCACGGAGCCCUUUACAGGGAGAGAGGGCUUCUGACAGCAGAGGGAAAGACUGUUAAAAACAAAACGGAGACUCUUGAACUCCUGAGGGCCCUCUGGCUGCCCAAGGCCCUAGCCAUCAUCCAUUGUCCAGGGCACCAAAAGGCAGACAAGCCAGUAGCCAGGGGAAACCGGCUAGCUGAUUUAAAAGCAAAAGAGGCGGCCCUUCUGGUGACCCAGGUCUUAGCUACCACGCUACCUGAUCCGGGGGCACCGACCCUGCCUGACACCCCCAACUAUACUGAUGCUGACUUACACUGGAUCAAACGCUAGCCUAUGACCCAG